ACAGGGCGACCACAGUACCAGUGAAGCCCUGAUAGUUGCUGGAAAAGCCUUAGAAAUUUCUUGAGAUUAAAAUUCCUUAGCCAAUUCUGGUGACCUCUUCUUCAAAGGGCCACUGUGAACUACAGGAAACUGUAGGGAACUAAAAACAAUACCGGUUUUCCUGGAAGAGACCUGGAAAAGGAGUGAAAUCCCAAAAAGUGUUUUUCUGAGAAUAAGCCCAAAACUCUGAUACUCAUGGAUGCUGCAGAAUUCCGCAAGAGAGGGAAGGAGAUGGUGGACUAUGUUGCAGACUACCUGGAGAAGAUAGAGAAACGACAGGUAUUCCCAGAUGUGGAACCAGGAUAUCUACGGCCCCUCAUUGCACAGUGUGCACCCCAGGAUCCUGAGAGCUUUGAGGAUGUCUUUAAAGACAUUGAGAAGAUCAUUAUGCCAGGGGUGACUCACUGGCACAGUCCAUAUUUUUUUGCCUACUUCCCUGCAGCCUCUUCCUUCCCAGCUCUUCUUGCAGAUAUGUUGUGUGGUGGAAUAGGAUGUGUGGGCUUCUCUUGGGCUGCAAGUCCAGCUUGCACAGAGCUGGAGACUGUCAUGCUGGAUUGGCUAGGGAAGAUGGUUAAUUUGCCUGAAGAGUUUUUAGCUGGGAAGGAUGGCAAAGGUGGAGGAGUCAUUCAGGGAAGUGCAAGCGAAGCCACCUUGAUUGCACUGCUUGCUGCAAGAACAAAGACUAUCAGACAGGUGCAGUCAGAGAAGCCUGAGCUAACAGAAGCAGAGAUCAUGGGCAGGCUUGUGGCUUAUGCUUCUGAUCAGGCUCAUUCAUCUGUAGAAAGAGCUGCACUAAUUGGUGCUGUGAAGAUUAAAAACGUUCCUUCAGAUGACACAUUUAGUGUUUGUGGUUCAGCCCUGAAGAAAGUUCUGGAUGAAGACAAAGCUGCUGGUCUUAUACCAUUCUUUUUCUGUGCAACACUGGGAACCACCCCUUGCUGCUCCUUUGACAAGCUGUUAGAGCUGGGUCCUAUUUGUAAUAAGGAAAAUAUCUGGAUGCAUAUUGAUGCAGCCUAUGCGGGAAGUGCUUUCAUCUGCCCUGAAUUCAGGCAUCUUUUAAAUGGAGUGGAGUUUGCAGAUUCAUUUAACUUUAAUCCUCACAAAUGGCUUCUAGUGAAUUUUGACUGCUCUGCAAUGUGGGUGAAAAAAAGAUCAGAUUUAAUAGGUGCCUUUAAAUUAGAACCUCUCUACCUGCAGCAUCACCAUCAGGAGUCUGGUCUUGUAACAGAUUAUCGGCACUGGCAAAUCCCUCUGGGCAGAAGGUUCCGCUCCCUGAAGCUCUGGUUCGUGCUGAGGAUGUAUGGGGUCAAGGGGCUGCAGGAGCACAUCCGCAAGCACAUCAGACUGUCGCAUCAAUUUGAACACUUAGUCCUUCAGGAUGAAAGGUUUGAGAUCUGUGCUAAGGUUGUCUUGGGACUGGUCUGCUUCCGGCUGAAGGGCUCAAAUGAACUAAACGAGGCACUUCUUAAAAGCAUAAAUGAUGCCAAGAAGAUCCAUCUGGUUCCGUGUCACCUGAGAGAGAAGUUUGUGCUACGUUUUGCUAUUUGUUCCCGCACAGUGGAAUCCACCCAUAUCAAGUUUGCCUGGCAGCACAUUUCACAGCUGGCAACUGAUCUCCUGAAAACAUGGGAGCAAAACCACCACCAGCAGUAACAGCAGUGAAGUAUAACUGGAGAUGAGGUAAUUAACUGGCUUUCUCUCUGUUGCCAAGUUUUAUUUUAGGUGCAUGUGGGAAAGUCAAACUAUGAAGGAAAAAAGUACAAAAAAAUACCUGUUGUUAUAUAGCCCAGCUGCAGUAGCAAAAUCCUUGCCAGCAAGUUGAGUUGUAACUGUAGUCAUUCAUCCUCUGUACUGUAGUUUCGUCUUGCCUGUUUCCAGGAUGCACAUAGCCAAGGAGACUCAAGCUGUCAUUUCUUAACAGUUUGUAGUCAAGAGCAUUUGAUCAACCAAGCAAUGGAAAUGGAAGGAUUAGUGCUCCCUCUGUUGUCCCUGUUCACCUCUAGCACGCCCCCUCCUUUCUUCAUUGAUGAAACUAAGGUGUUAUAAACAAUUAAUGUUAAAUUAAUAUGACUGCAGGAAGAACCCAAGUUGGGGAAGUUUCAUUCAGGUUCUAAAUAUGUUAGUAUCUGAAUAGUCAUGCACAAAUGUAGUUGCCAGGAUUUGGGGCACUAUCAUAUCAUAAUACACUUGCUGCAGUAAUUUUGUAAAUGAACAAAGGACAAACUACUUCAAGACUUCCUUCACUGCAUAGCCAGACCUAGGGGAAUGAGCACUAUCUGAUUACUAAUCACCCUUCUGGCAGGUUCUCUACCUUCCCCUAAAUGGUUUGCUUUUAAAACACCCAUUUUGUCAAAUUCCAGCAAUUAGGUUAAACUGGCUAUUGGUUUCCAGAUUGAUCAUUCAUAGUGAGGUCCCUGAAAAGAUCCUCCUGAAGAGUUUUGUGAAAAGCUAUGUGCUACCUGGUAGUCUAUAUUUUUAAUAAAGUUAUUAUCAACAGUGAUUACUUGAAAAUAGUCUGUAAUAUAUGUUCUGUGAAACUGAGUUGUGAUUUGCUUUUAUGGCUACUAUUUUGAUUACUUCAUGGUAAUAAAUCUUUGACAAAAUGUGCUAAGAAAUGUGAUGUCAAAAGUGUUACUCUUAGUUUCUCAAAUUAGCUAGCAAACGAGUAAAUAAAUGACAGUAAAAAUAGGAAGUAAGAGAACAAGCCCCCAGAAUCAGUUGUGGUGAUCCCAUCAGUGAUAUUCUUACAUUAACAGUGAUGAAUGGAAAAUGAAAAUAGUGGAAAACCUCUUUCUGAGCAAGUCGAAUCAUAUAUAUUUAACACAAACCAUUGAUACACCAUCCUGUCAAAGACAGGCACAGUAAAGAGCUAAAAUGAAAGUCAGAGGUGAAAGUCAGAACAAUAUCAAGUCAAGAAGUACUUUUGCCAUUUUAAAUCAUAAAUUCAAGACAAUUAUUUCUGUGUAAAUAAGAAAAACAAAAGUAGCUGCUCCAAGAAAAAUAAUAACUAGGAUUAAUUUCUACAUUUGCAUUUCAGUCUUUCUUUUAAUGCUUACAUUAACUUCUAAAGCCUCUUGAGCAAUGUACACAAUUACUCAGCUUUCUGCCUCCAUCCCUUUCAAGUAUACUUCCUGUGGUUGUGAAGUUGCAAGUAGACCAGGGAGCACAGAUCAGGGCAGUUAAUUUGGCAUGUGGGCUGCUCCUACCUCUGUCUUUCCUAAUCUCUCCCUUCUGGGGUGCAAAGUGGGAAGGAUUACUAUUUCCAUAAGGAACUGAUUUCCCAGGUAACAGAUGAGAAAAGGGAUAAUCAAUGAAUUUGGUAAAUCCCAGUAAUAUUUUAGCAGGUGACUGCCACAAGACACUACUGUCAGCUACAGUGUCAGAAAUUUUGAUAGCAUUAUUCUCUUCAACAGAACCAAUAUGAAAUUUAGCUUUUCUGUGGUACCACAAUGCAGUAGAUUGGUAGACUGAAGAGAGUAGAAAAUGCUGGCAGUUAUUCCCUCUCUCUGUUACUUUUUUUUUUUUUUAAACAACGUUAUUCAGAUCUCAUGACCUGGAAAACAAUGUUCAUCCAUAACACAUAUCUUCCAUACUGAUACAAUUUUACAACUUUUACAUUAUGAAAAUUCUAGAGUCUUGGAGCCACAGAAGAAAUACACCUUCUCUGUGAGAUAGACCAGUAUUUUAUAUGUGAAAUAUAUAACCAGGUCUGUCCAGGAACAAAAACAAAAAAAAGAGAGAGAUCAGAUUUGGAUCAAAGCUAUCACAGAGUAAAUCCAGGUAAUUCCACUGUAAUGAAAUGGAGUUGCUUUGGUCCUAGGUGACUGUAAUUGAAAUUAAAAAUCUGACUAAUAAGUAUUGGAAAAGAAAGGCAUAAAGUAAGGCACCACUAAACUGAACAUAAGAAGAUUCUACUGGAAAUCUGCUCCACGGAAACCAGAGCGGAGAUGAAUGAUGCUUGCUUGUGUGAGCCUCAAACUGCUGUAAAACUGGGAUGCAGGCAGGAUGCACACCCAAACCUAGGAGAUGUGAAAUGUCCCCAACAGCCCAGAAUUAGACGUAGAUUCCUUUACACAUUUGUGGGAAAAUACUGCCAAAACAGACAUUCAGUUAAACAUUUUUCAGCAUCUGGAUAUCAGUUUUAGAAGUUGCUGUUGUCCAGAUACAAAAACUGUUGUUGGCAAAGAAUGUAAUUUAAAGGCUAAUUUAAAAUAUAGACUGAGUAAGAGCUAAUUUUUGUUUUGUUUUUUAAAGAAUUCACAUAAGUAAAUCUGUAUAAUAAACAGCAGUGAUGAGACCCAUAGAAUUACAUUUUCCCAUGGCUAACCCAGUAAAGAAACGUGAAGUUCACAGUUCUGGUUUUUCUGAAAUUCUAGGAUGAUUUGAACAUGUAACUAGCAAAGGCCUUCAGAGUAUUCAGUCUCUCAUACCCUCUUUUCUCAAUGUGAUAAUUCCUUAGACUAUAACGAUAGAUCAUCUGAAAAGGAAAUAUAGGCUAUGUAAUCAACUCAAGAAGAAGCAUUGAAAGGGACAUUUUGAAAGAAGAGCAUAACUGCUCUUUCCGUUCUGUAGCUUUGCAAUGUAUCUCUAAGUGAGAAACACUGUAUUUAUGAAUAAUUAAUGUUAACCUGGAUUUAUUGUGCCUUGUGUGAAAAACCUAAUACAGUCUCUGCUGAUGAAUACAGUUUGAUAUUAAAAAUUACAAAAUCCCAGAAAUGUACUUUAGUAGAAUAUCCACAUCUCAAGGAUGACUGUGGCUAUUAGAGAAGGAGGGAAAAACCCUGACUUUUACUUUCAGGAAACUCAAUUUAUGUUUCUUUAAACUAGCAGAGUACAGUACUUACAUUCUUAAUGACAGAUUAUAAAUAUAUUUUAUUAAUGAUGCUGAAAUAAUGAAAAUAUAUGUAUUUAUGAAAAUACUGGUAAUGUAUUAUACUCUAAACUGCAUUGUAAUUAUUUUUUUUUUUCAUUUUUUCUUGCCUUAACAUACAAGAUUCUGCUCAUGGCUGUUUUGUUGUUCUUGAAGGCUACCAUAUGUGAUGAGUAGUACUCACACUGAAGUUGCCUUAAAGCAGCAGUCUAAACCUUGAGAUGUAUAGACUUGAAUUGCUAAAAGACAGAAGCAAACGAGAAAUAAAACUGAGAAUCCUGAAGACCAGGGUGGUUGGUGGGGGCAGGUUAAAUAACCAGAAAUGGAUAAUAUCUAUCUAGCAUACACAGUUUGUAUGUUCUAAAUGGAAAAAAAAAUCAGAAGUAUAAUGCUCUAAUUAUAAUUUGUGAGGUGUUGACUCCCUUUAAAAUCUGUAUCCAAAAUCUACUGAAAAGACAUAUAAGUUUUAACUGGCAAUAUUAAUAAAUGGAAAUAAAACUACGGCU